CCCUCACUGAGCUCUGAACAGGGCAGAUGCACUCUGAGGAAGGACCAGAGUAUCGGCAGCGUCGCUGAUUUUCUGAAGAUGCGGGUCUCAGUGUUUUUCAGGGCUAUGUUGGUGGUGGUCAUGGUGGCACUGCUGCUCGGAGAGGAUAGUUCUCCCUCACAGAGAAGCAGAGGGAAGAAGAAAGGGAAGUCCAGGGCUGUGGCUGCACUGAGCAAACCUAACCGGGGCUCACGAGGGAAGAUGAGAAAACUCUGGAUUAGUCUGGAUCAAGAUCUAAUAAAUCCAUCUGAUUCCCCCCUUGUUUCUCCAAAUCUGUCCACCUCACCGUGGACAUAUGAGGCCUCUUAUGAUGAAUCCCGCAUCCCCAGCCUCAUCUUUGAGGCGAAGUGUGAGCGAAAAGGCUGCAUAACCAAAGACGGACAUGAAGACACCAGUCUGCAAUCCAAACCUGUCUACUACCAGAUCCUGGUCCUCAGAAGAGUGAAGAGCAAAAAGAAGAAGUACACCCUCCAGCUGGAGAAAAUGACCAUCAGUGUGGGCUGCACAUGCACUUUACCCACCGUUGUGUAUCAGAUGUCAUAAUGCAGCUCUUUCUUCUACAGUCUGCUGUUGCUGACAGGAACAGCUCGGUUUUAGGGCCUUCUGUAUCUGUAGGCUACCAUAUUUAUUGCUUUAACUACAAUUGUGACAAAGUACUAGUCAAUUGUUUGGACACAAUUUAUUGAAUAUAGAAAGAAAUUUCUUUUUUUUCUUUUACGAUAAAAGCAUAAAUAAUGAAGUUCAUACAGGUGCAUGAAUAUAUAACAAAUGAAAUUUUAAAAAUGUGUUUUUUGAAAUUGUUUGAGGGAAGCUGCAUCAAGGCUAAAGGGGCUACACUCUAUUCACUAAAUAGAGAUGGCAGCUGGAUUCUUCUGGGUGAUGGAAUAGAGAAAAACCUUUGAGGUUCUCUAAAGAACCCUUAAGUGGGUGGUUCUUCCAUUUUUGUAACCGAGAUGUGAGUUUAAAGAUCCUUUGUAAGGUUUUAAAAACCUCCACAUAAUAUAAGGUUUCUACACCAAUGAAAGAUCAUCCAAACCAAGAACCACUGAGGAACCUUUAUUUUUAAGGGUGCAUUUAAAAAAAUCUGAA